AUGACUCCCGUGGACAGCUCCAACAGCAAAAACACAACGCUGGUCGAUGUCUGGUACCCCGUGCAUUGGGUCUGUCUCGCUGUUGCGGCCGUCUCCUCGCUCUAUCUUUUGCUGCACUCGGUCACCUUCCACCGCCUAAAGCGGCGCAUGGCCGACCUCCUGCUCUGCGGCAUUGCAGUGGCCGACUUGGCCUUUGUCGGCUCGGAAGCCAUCAAACAGCUCCUGCACACGUCUUACGUUGCACGCUACCGGCAAAAGCAGCACGAAGAUGGCGGCGGCGGCGGCGACCCCUCCUACGACACGAGCGACUUCCUGUUGACGCUCGUUGGUCGCGCCAGCUUCUUCAUGUCCUUGUACUGGAUCGCCAACCUGUCGCUGCUCAUGCGACGGGGCAGCUUCGAGGCUCUUCGGACCAAGAAGAGCUUGUUGCUGUCGUCACUGGCCUCGCUCGUCUACGGCUGCAUGCACGCCGUUCUCCUGGUCUUGGCGUCCUCGCGCGAUCGAAAGCACAUGGCAUUGGCGUACACGACGACCGCUGUGCUGCUGCUUUCCGUGCAGACGACGCCGUUGCUGCUUCUCGUGACGAAUCUCUGGGCCGUGAAAACGUCGAGACUGGUUGCGUCCACCCACGGACGUAAUGCCAUUCGGAGACUUGUGGCCUAUUGUGUCACGGCUGCAGUCUGUACACUGCCGUCUGCACUGGUCCUCGUCUUUUCCCAGCAUUUGGUCCCACUGGGAGCGGUCGCAGAGACCUUGAACUACGUCGUUCCAGUAGCAAACGCGCUGCUCUUUGGCACGAGUCUCAGCUGCUGCUGCCACGCUGCGGAGACCGAGCGAACGACUUUGCCGAGUCUGGACAAAAAGCGGAGUAACAACGACACGCUGUUGUCGUCGAUUGAUAUUUCGGCAGGCGUUGACUCGGUUGAUGGGAACGGGGUGGUGAUACCUGACAGUACGAACGAGACGGUGUGUACAACGAACGGGAUGUCGCUUGGAUACAAAGACGGGAUCGUGCUGGCAGGAGGUCCUUUUGCGGAGAUGGAGACGGAAGGACUCGCUGUCAUGAUUGGCGAGGGAUCUAGCGCCGAGGUGUACAAGGCUCAGUGGCUGGGAAUCACCGUCGCACUCAAGUGCUUGCGUGUCCAGGCGAAAAGAAGCAGGAGCUCCGAAGCCGACUUGUACAUGACCCACCUGGCUGAAUUGCAUACGGAAUUCCUCGAGGAGGCGGUCUUGGCUGCCCAGCUUCGACAUCCAAACAUCACACUAUUUAUUAAAAUGGGCACCUACAAAGGCAGCUUGUGUCUCGUCAACGAAUACUGUGCACGCGGAUCACUUCGAGACGUUCUUCGGGCGAAUCCGUUCUUGGAGUGGAAUACAAAAGUGCGUCUGGCCUUUGAAGCAGCGAAAGGGUUGGCGUUCAUGCACAAUUGCGAGCCAAUUUAUCUGCAUCGAGACCUCAAGGCUUCCAACAUACUCGUGACUGCCGACUGGACAGCUAAAAUUGCCGAUUUCGGCAUUUCUCGGAUCGCAACGGACUAUACAGUGCAGAAGAAUCACCUGUCGCACAAAUGCUCUUUGCAGUCUCUCCAAUCGAUUGACGAGAGCGACAUCAUGGCCGAUGGCGCUGCGUCCGAGUUGAGAACGACUUUUGCAGGCACGUGGCGUUGGAACGCUCCCGAAAUCAUGCGAAAUCCGAACGAAUGCCACUUCAAUCGCGAGACCGACAUUUAUAGCUUCGGUGUGGCUCUGUGGGAAAUCUUGACCAACGGGGCGAUCCCGUUCGGCGAUGUCGACUUUGACCAUCAGGUCCGACAGCUCGUGGCAGCUGGCGAGCGUCCAACGAUCCCUCCGAUUUACCUGCAACGUGCCCCGCCCGAGUUUGUCGAAGUCAUGUGUGCUUGUUGGCAUCAGCGACCGGCAAAGCGACCGAAGGCCCAAGACGUGAUGCUGCGUUUGGGCUUGCUGUCGUCUACGCUAUCGAGAGUUUCGGAGUUGUUCUCGUCGCCUUUGAACACGGCACGCGGCACCUUUGGUGACAACAAUUAUCAUAGUAUGAACUCGAACCAUAGUUGUCCAGGACUCUGGUGA